AUGUCUCGAGCUUUGUCUACCGCCCGCGAGACCAUCGUUAGAUGGUUAGGAUUCAAAAAGGAAUUACUCCCACCCAAUUUCAAGCAGGCUGCCGAGAUUUAUGCAGAGAACGGUGCCGUAAAGAAAGUUGGCAAAAUUGACUCUAUCGAGAUUUUGCAUCGUAACGAUGGCACAAGCCCUGUCCACCAGUCUCACUUCAACCGCAGUGACAAGGCGCUGAUCAUCAGCGCCCGAAUCACACCAGCGGACGGUAGCGGAGCUCGAACUCACCACAUAUAUCCGGAUGGCACAGGUACCAUCAAAAAGGGUGACAGACGCGAAUAUUCCACGUCUCCCACGCAGGGAUCUUAG